AAAAUCUAUUCCUAUCCCAACAAUCCACGUACUUUCAAGAUUUUAAUUGCUGCCGAGUAUAAUCAUCUUGAACUGGAGGUUGCCGAAUUUGAAAUCGGUAAAGAUAACAAAGAACCCGAAUUUCUGGAAAAAUUCUGUCAUGAAAAAGUUCCUGCGUUUGAAAAUGCUGAAGUGUCUAGUUGUUCUGAAAAUACCCAGCUUUUAGGCAAAGAUAAAAAAGAAACUGCAAAAGUUCUUAAUUACAUUCUAUUUGCCGAAAACGAGAUUAUUCCUCACGCUAAUACUUGGAUCAACCCAAUUUUAGGCAUAACACAAUACAAUAAAGCGGCUCAUAGCCAGUCAACGGAAGGUCUAAAAAAGUCUUUGAACGUGCUAGAAAAGACCUUGCUAAAAAAGACCUACUUGGUUGGUGAACGCAUUACAUUGGCCGAUAUUUCUAUUGCUACAGCUCUUUACUUUCCUUUCAAACUGGUAUUGGACACUGAGUUCCGUAAAAAUUUCAAGAAUCUUACUCGAUGGUAUGUGACACUCGUCAAUCAACCAGCUUUUAAGAAAGUCUUAGGUGAAGUCACUCUUGUAGAUGUUGCGCAAGUAUAUACCCAAGAGGAAGAAAAGCCCGCGCCUAAACCUAAGAGCAAGCUAGAUCUAUUGCCUCCCAGCAAACUAAAUCUGGAGGAAUGGAAACGAUUCUAUUCUAACAACAAUACUCGUCCAGAUGCUAUUAAUUGGUUCUGGGAACAUUAUGACCCGGAAGGAUAUUCCAUUUGGCGUGUGGAUUAUAAAUAUAAUGACGAAUUGACAAAAGUCUACAUGAGCAGUAACCUUAUUGGUGGCUUUUUCAAUCGUUUAGAGCGAGCGCGCAAAUAUGCAUUUGGAAAUUUGCUGGUGUUGGGUGAAGAUGAUAAAAAUGAAAUUGCCGGAUAUUUUGUCAUUCGUGGGCAAGAAAUACCAGAGGAAGUAACAGACGCUGCAGAUUUCGAAAGUUAUGAAUUCAAAAAGGUGGAUCAUACAGAUAGUCAAGUUCGUUGUAACUUUGAGGAUUACUUGGCUUGGGAUGGCCAUCUUGACGGCAAGAAGUGCGCGGAUGGUAAAACAUUUAAGUAA